GAUUUGCUACUACAUUUCCCUGUCAGCAAUGGAAAUAGGCCGAUCGCUGAGAUAUGGAGAGCUGAAAUUUAAAUGAAUGAAAUAUUGCACAGUUGUUUUUGAGGGAUUUCAUGAUGACAGAAGGAACGUACCUGCGGAGACGGGGUGGGCCGUAUAAAACGGCUCCGGCCACAGACCUGAGCCGCUGGAGGCUGUCAAAUGUGGAGGGCAGGCAGGUCUGGCGUUACCUGGAGGAUCAGGACCAUACCGAUAGGGCGCAGACUAUGCUGGAAGCUCACUCUUUGGGCUUGGAUACGAGCAAGUUUGUCCCAGAUUCCCCUGCUGCAAAAAAUGCCAAGGAGGCGGCACUGAAGGGCAUGGAAUUCUACCGCCUCCUACAGGCUGAGGAUGGGCACUGGGCUGGGGACUAUGGGGGACCCCUUUUUCUGCUACCAGGCCUGCUGAUCACAUGCUAUGUAGCGAAGAUCAGUCUCCCAGAGGCAUGGAAGAAGGAAAUGGUGCGGUACCUCCGCUCUGUGCAGCUGGUGGACGGGGGAUGGGGUCUCCACGUGGAAGACAAGUCGACGGUGUUUGGCACAGCUCUGAGCUACACCACCCUCAGGAUCCUGGGCCUGGGGCCAGACGACCCGGACAUGGUGCGGGCCAGGAACAACCUUCACAGCAAUGGAGGGGCUGCUGGAAUUCCAUCCUGGGGUAAAUUCUGGUUGGCCGUGAUGAACGUGUACAGCUGGGAGGGAAUGAACACUCUCCUGCCAGAGAUGUGGCUCUUCCCUACCUGGAUGCCAGCACACCCGUCCACUCUGUGGUGUCACUGUCGUCAGGUUUACCUGCCCAUGAGCUACUGCUAUGCAGUGAGACUCACUGCUCCAGAGGACCCUCUGGUGCUCAGCCUCAGACAGGAGCUGUACGUCCAGGAUUAUUCGACAAUCAACUGGCCGGCUCAGCGGAACAAUGUGGCCGCAUGUGACUUGUAUACCCACCACAGCACAUUGCUGACCGUUGCUUACAUGGUCAUGAAUGUGUACGAAGCCCAUCACAGCACAGCCUUACGAGCCAAGGCGGUGAAGGAGCUCUAUGACCAUGUCAAGGCCGACGACCGCUUCACAAAGUGCAUCAGCAUCGGUCCGAUCUCCAAGACCAUCAACAUGUUGGUGCGCUGGCACGUGGAUGGGCCCAGCUCAGCCGCUUUCCAGGAGCAUGUGUCCCGUAUCCCGGAUUACCUCUGGUUGGGCCUUGAUGGUUUGAAGAUGCAGGGAACCAACGGAUCGCAGCUGUGGGACACGGCCUUUGCUGCACAGGCCUUCUUGGAGGCCAGGGCAGAGGACAGCCCCAAGUUUACAGAGUGCCUUCAGCAUGCCCAUCAGUUCCUAGCUUUCACUCAGAUACCAGAAAACCCGCCUGACUACAAAAAAUACUACAGACAGAUGAACAAGGGCGGCUUCCCGUUCAGCACGCGCGACUGCGGCUGGAUCGUGGCCGACUGCACCGCCGAGGGGCUCAAGGCGCUGAUGUUGCUGCAGGAGCGCUGUCCCUUCAUCACGUGUCAUGUCCCCAGUGAGCGCCUCUGCGAUGCCGUCAAUGUGCUCCUGAGCAUGAGGAACAGUGACGGUGGAUUUGCCACCUAUGAGACCAAACGUGGAGGGAGGCUCCUGGAGCUAUUGAACCCCUCUGAGGUGUUUGGUGACAUCAUGAUCGACUACACCUACGUGGAGUGCACGUCGGCUGUGAUGCAGGCCCUGAAGCACUUCCAGCAGGCUUUCCCCGAGCACAGGGCACAGGAGGUCAGAUCUACGCUGGACCAGGGCCUCGAGUACUGCAGGAGGGUGCAGAGGCCUGAUGGAUCAUGGGAAGGGUCCUGGGGAGUGUGCUUCACGUACGGUACCUGGUUUGGACUCGAGGCCUUCGCCUGCAUGGGCCAUGUCUUCCAGAGUGGGAUGGCGUGUCCUGAGGUACAGAGUGCUUGCGACUUCCUGCUGGCCCGGCAAAUGGAGGAUGGUGGCUGGGGGGAGGACUUUGAGUCGUGCGAGCAGCGGCGAUACGUGCAGAGCGAGUGCUCGCAGAUCCACAGCACCUGCUGGGCCCUGCUGGGACUCCUGGCCGUCAGGUACCCAGAUACCAAGGUGAUAGAGCGAGGGAUUCAAGUCCUGAUAGAUAAACAGCUCCCCAAUGGAGACUGGCCUCAAGAGAACAUCUCUGGGGUCUUCAACAAGAGCUGCGCCAUCAGCUACACCUCUUACAGGAACGUCUUCCCGGUUUGGACCCUGGGCCGCUUCUCCUGGCUGUACCCCUCCAGCCCUCUUGCCGGGAAGCUGAAACAGUGAGGGGUGCGCGGGGCGGGGGCCAGCCAGAGGCCCCGGGGUCCACUGGCUCAGCACCCACUGCUGGAUGGAUGGGCAGGGUCACGGCUGCCUUUAAUACCCUCUACUAGCCAAACUCAAACGUCUUUGGUUGUCAAGCUGUCUACUUUUUGGAAUACAAUAGAUGUUCAUGGUGUGUAAUUACUGUUAAUACUGAAAAUAUAGAAUGAAUGAGUUUUGUAAUGCAUCCUGUGAGUGGGUUAUUGUCUUUUUGCCUCUAUGGAUGUUAAUGGUUUGCAUUUUUACUGUCCUGAAAAUCAAGGUAAUGAGAUCGUUCAGGUCCAACAAAAAAAGAAAAUAUGAGGCUGAUUAUGUAUGCACAACAGAGCAGAAAGUAAAACAUAUAGGAUAUUCUCACUCAUAAUUGAGGUUUGUUAUGGAAGUAUCCUUACUACAUACUUUUGCUAAUUCAGUAUAGUAUGAUUUCCUUUUGGCUGGUUGUUUUAUUUUUUGUCUUCAGUUUAGCUCACUACAAAGAUCCGGAUGGUUCUAUAAAAUCCAGGUGGAGCCUGACACCUGCUGUGGAGCUUUCUGUGGUUAGACACACUGUCCGUCGUCUGUGUUGAUAAUCUUGAUAUUGAUAUUUUUGGAUCGACCCCCCCCCCCCUCCCCCCCUCAGUGACCAAUGAAAGGAGAUGUUCCUCUCGACUAAUCGGCGCACUGGGAUCUUGCAGUCUGCUGUUACCUUUCCUCUGUAUACCCAGCCAAGUUGGAGCCCCACUCUGCAGUUACUGAUUCACUGCGACCGGAGGUGUAUCA